UGACGUUGAGGCCGUCGGAGAAGAGGUGCUGCAACACGCCUCGCAGACACAACACGCUGACCAAUAUCUUGAAGGUCAAGCCUACGAUGCAGUAGACAACGUUGACAGACCGUUUGGCGCCGGUCGCGAAGUGGCAUUUCAGUCCGAGCAGAGUGGCCAGGCCGUCCGAAAAGAGCAGCGCCUGCGACAGGUCCAUCGUGGUCAAUGAAAAAACACACUUCUUGCGAACUUGGACGACGUAGAUCAUUUGUUUCUUACCAGUUCAGCGAUCCUCGCGAUGAGUUUGAAAAUCAAGAAGAACGAGGCCAAGGGCCGAGUGAAUAAAGGUGCCGCUCGAAAGACCAGAAGUAAACCUAGCUCUCCACUCACAAACAGGCCUAACUUGGUCGAGCACCUACUCAAUGUGUGCCAAGUCGACCCUCCGAAGGUCAAGGUUCAACCUGAGGCCACUCCAAGUGAGAGGAAAAUCGCCGAUUUGCUGACUGAAGCCAUGCAGAAUAAAUGUUCAAAGAAUCCUCGAAAGCAGAAGGAAGUUGACAAAGAUGACGACACUUUGCUCAACCCUGAAGAAAUGGAAGAAAUGAGGCCCAAAAGACGUCCCCGUAGAGCAUUGGCUCCCAAAUUGGAAGACGAAGGAAGUAAGAGAAGCAAGAAGACUAAAAAUACAAAUCCUUCAAGAAGAAACCGUCAGAGGAUCUCUGUUUCGAACGUUGAAUUUGUUGCCAACACUGUUGAUAUGGAGGAUCAACCAACUAAAAAUAAGCAAGGUUCACAGUCUGCUGAUGCUGUUUCCAAUGUGAUGAGAAAGCGCAAGAAAGUGGAAGUUUGUCGAAAUUCCACCAAUCACCCUGGAUUCAAAAACACAGGCAUCAUUUGCUUCAUUAUAUCUUCGAUCCAAUUUUUGAUGGCCUCGACCCACUUUCUCAACUUCUUCAAAGACUUGCCAUCCGACGAUGUUGAAGAAUUCAAGGAUCUCCACGCUUUGAUGAGAAUCGCGCGCAGAAUCAGUGGCAGAGAAAAGGUCUCACGUGCCGAGCUGGACAAACUGAUCAGAGGAUUUGGGCACCUUUCUGUUGAUGAAUUUGGUAUGGAUGGGGCAUCCCAUCAAGACCCUGCCGAGUUCAUCACCAUGUUGCUUCCUUACUUGGCUGACCAAUUCGGCCAACUGGGACUCAAUCAUGAUCCAUCAACACCUUUCCUCAUCACAACAAAUACGGUCUGCCAGCAGUGUCACAAAACUCUGACUGUUCCCGACAAAUGCAUUUUCUACAACGUGGUUCCUGAGAAAAAUCGUUCGGUGCAGGAAUUGAUUGCCAUCAGUCUGAAGGAUGAGCGAAAUUUUGAGUGUUGCUCCCAGAAAAAUACGGUUGAAUCUCGGAUGCUGGAGCUCCCCGACAAUCUAGUGGUUCAAAUUGCCAGGACUGAAAACGGAACUGAUGCUCGGAAUAAGGUUCCGGUUGAGGUUUCCACAGACCUUGUUCUCACUUGCCACUAUGAUGAGACAAAAAUCGUAAAGAACCAAAGUUACACACAUGGUCUUGAAGAAACCAUCUCGGAAGUUCCCAAUGAAGGCGAUGAAUCAAUGAUGCAGCACAACAUUCACUACGAGCUGAUUGCUGUUGUUAUGCACGAAGGCACCAAAAGUGAUCUUGGCCACUGCUUUUGCUACAUCUACAGCGAAUUCGAAAAUCAGUGGCUCAAGUGCGAUGACCAGGACGUGACUGUGAUAACGAAAGAGGACCUCAUGAGGGAAGUUCCGACAAGAAAAGAUGCUGGACUCCAGAAGGACUGCUACUUGCUUCUCUACAAAAAGGUUCGGGCGAUUUAAUUACCUGCUUGUGAGUUGAGUUAAAAAAAGUUUGAUUUCUAAUCAAGAAGAGAUGUUUUGUUUUGAAUGUAAUUAUAUUCAGUUUGAUUUCAAAAGUCUUAUUUGUGCUAAAAAAAAAAAAAUAUGUCAAUGCAAAAA